UCUACACGCUGUGUGUUUUAUCGACAUGUGUAUUAAUUUCAAAAUGGGUUAUCGAAAUGUCGAAAAGAAUAUUGUGGUGAAUCGACGCAGAAUUAUUUGGCAUUAUUUACGGGGCUGGUUUGUGGUGGACUUCGUAUCGUGCCUGCCGCUGGCAUACGUGCUGCUGCAUACGGAGCUGAUCGGCUACCGCUAUCUUCUACUCGGACACCUGAUGGCGACGCUCCGAGUGCUGCGGAUCGCCACCGUUGUUCGCAACUUGAAGCCUUUUAUGCUGUUGUUCACGGAGUCGUACAUCUGGCAUCGCACGGUGCGACACACGCUGCUCUUUCUUAUCUCAGUGCACUGGACCAACUGUAUCAUUUACAUACUACCUGCUCUCGGUUAUUACUGGACGGGCAAGAUGCCCAGGCAGUACACGCUGUUUCUCAACAGCACGAGCGGCGACCUGUCGUCCUAUUCUCCCAGCGUGCGCUACAACAAGGCGCUCUUCAUCACCCUGAGCGCGUUAGUCGGAGUAGAUCCUUCAAUGCUCAAAGUUUCAACAGUUGAAGAGUUUGUCUGCUAUUCCCUUAUCGUAUUUUACGGAGCAAUGUUUAUGGUGUACACGUUAAUUUUCCUGUUGAAGAUAUAUAUGACAUAUUAUAACUCUGCUACGCGAUACCAUGGACUUCUCAGUCAGAUGGAGGCGUACAUGCAACAUAAACAGCUCCCAGCUCAACUGAAGAUACGUCUGAGAGAGUUCUACAGGUACAGAUACCAGGAGCAGUACUACAAGGAGGACGAUACACUAGAAUGUUUAUCAGAUCAAUUACGUCACGAGAUAAUUUUGCACACGUGCUACAAGCUGGUGAACCGCCUGCCUCUGCUAGAGGGGCUGUCGGCGAGCGUGGUUGGUGCGGUGAUGGGCUGCCUCAAGCCUGAGGUGUACCUACCCAAUGAUCUCGUGAUGCGAGCGGGUGAUAACGGGGAUUGCAUGUACUUUAUAGCUAAUGGAACGGUCGCUGUUUAUUCUUUGAAGGGAGUUGAGAUUUGCCACCUAGAAGAUGGUGACCACUUCGGCGAGGUGGCACUAUUGAUGGCGGAUAGCAAGCGCGUCGCCACCGUCGUGUCAGUGGAGAUCACGCAGGUCUACCGGCUCGACGCUGUUAACUUCCGACAAAUAGUAAAGACAAACCAAGUUCUAUACAAUCGGUUGCAAGAGCUGGCAGCUCAACGGAUGCAUGAGACUGUGGUAUUGGAUGAUGAGUUCCGUAGACAGCGGGAGAAGCGUGUGGAACUAGAUGCCUCUGCUACCACAUUACUCAGCUAA